AUGUGGGCGGGCAGCGGCAGGCGGGAGGCGGGAGGAUUCCGAACACACGAAAAGGCUUGCCAGAGGCGCUCUGAACAAAGAAGAGAGGAUUUGGAGCUUGCUAGGGUCAUUCGUCAAGGUGAUCCGCCACCAUCUGGAACAGCAUCGCCUGCACCCCAGCACGAAAUUGACGAUAUCAAAGUGGAAUACCACCCCAGUAGUGGUGUCCCCACCAAAGUGUACCACUUCGAAGACUAUGGAAGCGGUCCCGGUGCCCCACCACCAGUUCCAGAAGCAGAUCCUACGCCCUGGCAGCCGUUUCGCACACGUAUCGACUUCGAGGUUGCAGAACUCGCUCACGACGCCGGACUCUCUCAUGAACAGCUGGACCGGCUCAUUCACCUCAUUCACCGCAGCAGGAUGGAGCUCUUUACCCUCAAGAAUCGCAAAGAUGUGAGAGACACGUGGGAUGCAGCGUCAUUCAAGAUGACACCUUUUACAAAGGUGGAGGUUACUGUGCCCUUCCGUGGUGUUAAUCAAACAUUCCCGCUAUUUCAUCGUUCACUGUGGGACUGGGUCACCGAUUUACUUCAAGAUCCACAAGUAGGCCCCAACUUCGUCUUCGAUGCGCAAAGACUGUCAAAGUUCAAUGGCGAGAAGUUCGUUCGGUUCAUUCAUGAACCAUGGACCGCUAAUGCGUUCUGGGAGUAUCAGUCCAAAAUCCCACCAGACGCAAAACCUCUUGCAUUCAUUUUGUAUGCCGACAAAGCAAAAUUGUCGUCAUUCGGUCGCGCGAAAGGUUACCCCGUAGUCGCUCGCUGUGCUAAUCUUCCUAUUACGAUUCGCAAUGGAGAAGGCUUGGGUGGAGGGCGCGUUGUUGGUUGGCUGCCUAUCGUAAAGGAAGACAAGCAGCAUUCUGGAAAACCUGCUUUCGUCAACUUCAAGAACGCAGUGUGGCACGCCUCGUUUCUGAAGAUUCUCGAAUGUCUGGGACCGCUAUCCAGGUUUGGUUCCACCAUCAAAUGCUGGGACAAUGUUAUUCGCGCCUUCUAUUCAAUUGUACUAAUACUAUCUGCAGAUUAUGAAGAACAGGCUGUAAUGGCAUUGAUUCGUGGUUUAAUGGGCAAAUUUCCUUGUCCCGUCUGUCUAGUGCCUCGCGACGAACUUUCAAACACUCUCAAGGUAUUUCCUCUCCGCACAUGCACAGGAACUAAGGCAUUGCUUGCUCGAGCGCGAGAAUCUUCUACAUUGGAGGCAAGAGAACAGAUCUUGAGUUCCCAGAGCCUCCGCGAUGUCGACAGUUCAUUCGGCAUUCUGGAGCACACCGACGUUCACAGGGCUCUAUCGCACGACAAGCUCCACUUCAACGACGAGGGAUUGUUCAGUGAUCACACGUGGCCCGAACUGCAGAAAUGGGUUGAACGUUUGGGUCGACAGGCCGCUGUCCAGAUUGACACCUUCUUUCAAUCAAUUCCGCGUUGGCGAAACCUGAAUCACUUCGAUCAGGUUGUUUCAGUAUCAUUUUCCGAUGGAACGAAAUAUGAAGACAUCUCUAAGCUUAUUGUAUUUGCGGCACAUAAUGUAUUUGACUGCGAUACAGAUCCAGAGGCAUAUCUCAUGCUCCGCUGUAUCCGAAGCUACACGGAGUUCAAUAUGUAUGCUUCGUUAGAGGUUCAUACUGAAGAUACCAUCAAUAAUGGCCGGGAAGCGUUGUCAAAAUUCACUGGAUUGAUGGAUAAAUACAUCGAGGACACGGCAGAGAUGUCCGAGAAGUCCUGGAAUUUCCCCAAGAAACACCUUUCGGCCCAUCUCUUUGACGACAUUGAGGCGAAAGGUGUUUCUCGAAACUACAGCACCAAGCCGAACGAAAAAAUGCACGGCCCAUUGAAAGAUGCCUAUCAAGAUCGCACGAAUUUCAAGAACUUCGCUGAACAGAUCCUCCGAUACAAUCAUGACAGCUUGAUUGCGGAAUACAUCCGCAACAAGUUGGAUCACCUCGACACUCAGAAUAUCAGCGUAGACCGACCCGAAUCACCCGAUACUACACUCCAGGAGACCGACAACUCAGAUGACAUUGAUGUUGACUCGACGGAACCUACUGAUGCCCAACAUUUCACUCUCGGUUCAAAGCGGGCGGCAAUGUCAUUCACACUCAUCGAGGCAGGUAGUCCGGGUAAUCCAGUGUUUGAUAGAUUUCGAAUCAAGCUAAACGACUUUCUGAACCAUGCGUUUGCUGCCAACGGCAUACCGUUUCCAGGUGGACGAUGGAUUCAACUCGUUGCGAGCGACAUGAUCGUGGAACAUCAAUUCCUUAGAGUCAAUUUCGAGUCACUUGUCGACUGGCGAGUGUCCACGGACUACCUUCGAUGCACUCCGAUGUUCCAUGGCUCACCGCAAUACAAUUGCGUCAUCUUGCAGACCGACACUGGCAUCAUCUUUGGCAAACUAAUGUUGAUUUUCACAUGCACAGUAGGGGAUGUUCAAUAUCCUGUCACGCUUGUUCUCCCGUAUGAUCGACCGGUCGGCGUUCGUCCUCAAAAGGACAAAGACUUUCAGUUUUGGCGCGUUAAGACAAAGCCUAGGGCUUCCGCAGAGUUUUUUUCAGUUCACUCGAUUAUUCGGGGUUGUUUGAUAGUAGAGGAUGCCAGCAGACCUGGCGAGUUUCUAGUCGUUGACACUAUUGACACUGAUAUGUUCCUUCGAAUGCAGGACAUCUGCAGCCAGUGA